CCCCCCCCAGCCGCCGGCACGGCCCCGCCCCCGCUGCCCCGGUGGUGGCCCACGGCCCCCCGGCUACCCGUGGUCAAACUGGAGUCGCUGAAACGCUGGAACGAAGAGCGGGGCGUCUGGUGCGAGAAGGGGGUGCAGGUGCUGCUGACCACGGUGGGCGCCUUCGCCGCCUUCGGCCUCAUGACCAUCGCCAUCAGCACCGACUACUGGCUCUACACGCGCGCGCUCAUCUGCAACACCACCAACCUCACGGCCGGCGACGACGCGACCCCCCACCGCGGGGCCGGGGGCGCCUCCGAGAAGAAGGACCCCGGCGGCCUCACGCACUCGGGGCUCUGGAGGAUCUGCUGCUUGGAAGGGUUGAAAAGAGGCGUCUGCGUGAAGAUCAAUCAUUUCCCGGAGGAUACGGACUACGACCACGACAGCGCGGAGUAUCUACUCCGGGUCGUCCGGGCCUCCAGCAUCUUUCCCAUCCUUAGCGCCAUCCUGCUGCUGCUCGGGGGUGUGUGCGUGGCGGCCUCUCGCGUCUACAAGUCCAAGAGGAACAUCAUUCUGGGCGCGGGGAUCCUGUUCGUGGCAGCAGGCCUGAGCAACAUCAUCGGCGUGAUCGUGUACAUCUCGGCCAACGCGGGCGAGCCGGGCCCGAAGCGGGACGAGGAGAAGAAAAACCACUACUCGUACGGCUGGUCCUUCUACUUCGGCGGGCUGUCGUUCAUCCUGGCCGAGGUGAUCGGCGUGCUGGCCGUCAACAUCUACAUCGAGCGCAGCCGCGAGGCGCACUGCCAGUCUCGCUCGGACCUGCUCAAGGCCGGCGGGGGCGCGGGCGGCAGUGGCGGGAGCGGCCCCUCGGCCAUCCUCCGUCUGCCCAGUUACCGCUUCCGCUACCGCCGCCGCUCCCGCUCUAGCUCCCGCUCCAGCGAGCCGUCGCCGUCGCGGGACGCGUCUCCUGGCGGCCCCGGGGGCCCGGGCUUCGCCUCCACGGACAUCUCCAUGUACACGCUCAGCCGCGACCCCUCCAAGGGCAGCGUGGCCGCGGGGCUGGCGGGGGCCGGCGGCGGCGGCGGCGCCGUGGGGGCGUUCGGCGGCGGCGCGGCGGGGGGCGGCGGGGGCGGCGGCGGCAGCGGCGGGGCGGGCGCCGAGCGGGACCGCGGGGGGGCGUCCGGCUUCCUGACGCUGCACAACGCCUUCCCCAAGGAGGCGGGCGGCGGCGUCACGGUCACGGUCACCGGGCCGCCCGCCGCGCCCGCGCCCCCCGCGCCCCCCGCGCCCUCCGCGCCCGCCCCCGGGACCCUGGCCAAGGAGGCCGCCGCCUCCAACACCAACACGCUCAACAGGAAAACCACGCCCGUGUAGGGAGCCGAGGGGCGUGUCCGGGGCGCGUGCGCGGGCGCGCGUGCAUCGAGGCUGCCGGGGUCGGGGGCGCCCCCGCUGUCCCCCGUGAGCGCUCUGGAGACUGCUGGGCCCGCCCCCGUCCCCGCUUCCCGUCCCGCUCCUCCUCCGAAGCAGGAACCCCGAGGGAGGGCGCAGGGGAGGGAGGGGGCCGCCGCGAGGGAGCGUCGUGUUUUAUUUUUUUGUGGGAUCUGUGGGGAGGGGGGGAGGGCCACGGUGUUUUUUGCAGUUUCGAGAUGUUUUCUUUUUCAUGUUUUGCUGUGUGCAUGGGGGGCGGGGCGGGGGGAGGGGAGGGAGGGACUCCCAGCCCAGCCCAGCCCAACUCCUGGAGAGGGGCCCAUAACACACGAAUACAUAGUUACAUCCGCAAACUAUAUAUAUGCCCUAUAUAAAGAGACACAGCGAAGGGACGCGGAAAAGCAGAGAGAAGGGUUGGACGCGGGCAUUCAUUCAUUUUCUUCAUUCAUUAUUCCACAAGGGCUUAUUAAGCGCCUACUGUGUGCUAGGCACUGGUACAUGAGGCCACCUUGGAGCAGGGGACUCGAACGAUGCACAGAAAGGGCCUCGUCAUUCAUUCAUUACCUGCGAUGAAUUUGUGCGCUUUAAAGAGCUAGGCAUUGUGCUCCCCGCUCAGCGUGCAGGAGGCGGGAAAGCAGCCAGGGGCCCCGACAUCCUCAUAGAAUAACAUCUUGUGCAUGAGAGGCAUUAAUCGGUCAUGUACAUACGCAACAAAUUACAGUUAGGCCAUAGGAGAAACGAGAUGCUAUGAAAUGCUCCAUCACGGCAGCCUAACCCCGUUCAGAGGGAGAGAUUUCAGUGGACACCGAACGGAUGAGAAGAAGCCGGCACGGCAGAGCUGGAGUGGAGUGUGGCAGGCAGAGCAGCAGGUCCAAAGGCCCUGAGGCAGGAAGGAGCUUGCAGCCAGGGCUGAAGCCUAUGAGCCAGGUGACUGUGGAACAAGAUGAGUCUGGAGACGCAGACAGGGCCACUUUAUACAGGGGCUCGUAGGUCAGGAGUCUAGAUUUUAUUCUAGGGGCAGUGAGGGCCGUAGAAUGGGUUUAAGCAGGAGCCUAAUGUGAAUGGUGUACAAAGGGAAGACAGGAACUUGGAGACGAGAGUAAGAGGCAGAGAGGCACUGAAAUACAGCAUCGAACCCAGGCGCUGGCCCUUGGAGCUCACGCUUUCAUGGGAGGAAGCACAUAAUUACCCACGUAUUGAAGCAUAGGGAUGGUGUCUGGUGUGCAGAAGAAACCCUGGGGCACAGAGACUCGUGUCCAUUCAUUCAUUCAUUCGUUCAGCCACUCGCCCAUUGCCAUUUUCGAAUAUCUGCUAAGGUACCAGGAAGUGUGUGAGGAUCCAGAUCCCCAGAUCAGGGGUGACACAGACCCUAGCCCUGCUCUCAAGCAGUUUAUUAUCAUCAAAUGUUGUCAUCCCGUCAGAGCAAUCAGUGCUGAACAGGGACUAUAACGGGUGCCAUGGCACACGGUGGACAGAUUGACCAGCUGCCAGGAGCGGGCGGCACUUGGGGGAGGCUUCCUGGAGAAUAGGACGGCCAUCCUGGGUCUUGAAGAGAUGAGUGGGUGUCUCCCGGGUGAUGAUGGGCAUAAGAAAGACUUGUGGGGCCAAAGAACAACUUGGGUGAAAACCUGGGAAAGUACAUGACGUAUUGGGGUCAGUGCUAAUAGUUCUGGGAUGCUCAUAUACAAGGCGGGGCUGGAAGAUGAGACCAGGAAAGUAGCCACAAGCCAGAGUCUGAAGGUGCCAGUGUAGCCAGGCACAGUGGCUCAUGCCUGUAAUCCCAGCACUUUGGGAGGCUGAGGCUGGAGGAUCACUUGAGCCCAGGAGUUGGAGACCAGCCUGGAUAUUAUGGCGAAACUCUGUCUCCACAAAACAAAAAAAUUAGCCGGGCGUGGUGGAGCACACCUGUGGUCACUGCCACUCAGGAGCCUGAUGCAGGAGGAUCACUUGAACCCAAGAGUUCGAGGCUGCAGUAAGCUAGGAUUGCGGCACUGCACUCCAGCCUGAGCAGAGGCUGGAUGAGACCCUGUUUCAGAAAGAAAAGAGGAAAAGGUGCCUGAGUUCCAGGUGGAGGGAUUGAGGCUUGAUUCUAAGGAUGACAGUCGAGCUGGGGUGGAGAGGAGGGGAUGGGUUUGAAGGUCACUGAGAAAGCAGAGGGGCUGUGCUCAGUAGGUUCCCUUCUGCGUUUGCUCAGCACGUAUUUCCCGAGGCCUCCCUGUGCCAGGCCUUGUGUUGGACGGUGUUGAGAGUGUAGAGGUGAUUUUGAUCUUGCCCUGCUCUCAAGGGGCUCCCAGUCUGGGAAAACAGCCGCAGACGCAAUAUGAGGAGGGCGGUGGCAGUGAUGGUGCCAGGCUGCCAGGGUCUGUGCCGGCCUUUAUCUUGAGCAUAUGGGGCUGUGGGGGGGUUCAGGUCAGAGUGUUCAGAAUUCCUUUCCAAGGCCUGUGUGGAAGGACCAGGAAGAGAGAGACUGAAAGUCAAGGUCUCUAGGAAGAAUUCUGCCAAGGCUGUUUCAGGAAGAGAUGUUGGGAAAUGCAGGAAAAGGAAUAGCAAUCAUUGAGAUAGAGAAGCGCUGAGAGGAUACGUGGAGGGGGCAGGGAUGCAGGACGUGGCGUUGAAACGCAGUGGCUCCUAAUCCCAGCACUUUGGGAGGCCGAGGCAGGUGGAUUGCUUGAGCCCAGGAGUUCCAGACCAGCUAACAUGUUGAAAUCUUGUCUCUACCAAAAAUACAAAAAUUAGCCGGGUGUGGUGGUGCAUGCCUGUAGUCCCAGCCUGGAAGGGUGAGUCUGCAGUGACCCGUGAUGGCAUCACUGCACUGUAGCCUGGGCAAAAGAGCAAGACUCUUGUCUCAAAAAAAGAGAGAGAGAGAGAGACAGCAAAUCUUUGCUGGAAGAGGACUGGUUAGGGGAGAGUGGAUUCUAGAGUCUGAAGGCCAAACAGAAUGAGAGAAAGAGAGAGAGAGGUGGAAGGUGGGCAGGAGGAAGAGUGAGAUGGGGAGGAGGGAGUGCAGGGGAGGAGGGGGAGGGCAGCAGAGACCAAAACUAGUUGAGUCCCAGAGAAAAAGUAAAAGACAGGAAGGUGAUAGAGAAAAGAGAGAAAAGGAGGAGAGAGACUGACAGGCGCACAAAUCAGAGAAGCCCCAGAGAUAACAAAAACACAACCUCAGAGCUAGAGACAGAGGGGGAGAGGGAGCUGGAGAAAGACAGAGAUGGCCCGGCGCGGUGGCUCACGCCUGUCAUCCCAGCACUUUGGAGGCCAAGGCAGGUGGAUCACUUGAGGUUAGGAGUUCAAGACCAGCCUGGUCAACAUGGUGAAACCCCGUCUCUACUAAAAAUAACAAAACUAGCCAGGUGUAGUGGCACAUUCCUGUAAUCCUAGCUACUUGGGAGGCUGAGGCAGGAGAAUCACUUGAACUCGGGAGGCGGAGGUUGCAGUGAGCCAAGAUGGCGCCACUGCACUCCAGCCUGGGCAACAAUAGCGAAGCUCCAUCUCAAAAAAAAAAAAACAACCUCAGAGAUUCAUGCAAAAAGCAACAUGGAGACUCAGAAGCAAGCAUAGCGUCAAGGAAUGAUCCAUUUCUUGUGCUUUUCCCCCAGUAUUCAAGAAUAUUUAUUGAGUGCCAACUCGUUCCAGACCCAGUCUAGGCCCAGCAGAUGUGGCAAACAGACGGACAAGGGUCUGCUCUCCUGAAACUCACCAGAGAGAUAAACAAUAAAUAAUAUUUCAGUAACUGAAAAGUGCUCUAAAAAUUAAGCUGGGAGGUCAGGUGCAGUGGCUCACGUCUGUAAUCCCAGCACUUUUCGAGGCCAAGGCCGGUGGAUCACUUGAGGUCAGGAGUUCGAGACCAGCCUGGCCAACCUGGUGAAACUCCAUCUCUACCAAAAAAUAAAAAAUUAGCCGGGUGUGGUGGUGCGCCUGUAGUCCCAGCUACUUGGGAGGCUGAGGAUGGAGAAUCACUUAAACUCAGGAGGCAGAGGUCACAGUGAGCUGAGAUCACACCACUGCACUCCAGCCUGGGCAACAGUGAGACUCCAUCUCAAAAGAAAACCCCAAAAUUAGGAGCAGGGCAUAGUAACAGAAUGACAGAGCAAGGGUGACUUUAGAUGAAGUGGCUCGCAGAGACAUGGAUUGUGAGAAGGAGAGAGGUGAGAAAGUCUGGUGCCAGGCAUUUGCCCACGAGAGGCAGCCCCAAAGCCCUGAGGAGCAGCAGGUCUUCCAGGGGGCCGGUGUGGUGAGCAGAUCCAGGAUAGGUCAGAAGCACAGGGUAGAGGCUGAUCAGUUAGGGCCGUGGGCCCCAGGAAGAAAUCUGAAUUUUAUUCUAGAUUUGAUGGGAAGCCCUCAGAGGGUUCUGAGCACAGGCAUGUCAUGAUCAUAUUUUUAUUUUUUUAUUUAUUGAUGUUUAUUUUGAGAAAGAGUCUUGCUCUGUCUCAGGCUGGAGUCCAGAGGCCGAUCUCGGCUCACUGCCAACCUCCACCUCCCGGGUUGAGGUGAUUCUCCUGCCUAAGCCUCCUGAAUAGCUGGGAUUACAGGCAUGUGCCACAACACUCGGCUAAUGUUUUUGUAUUUUUAGUAGACACGGGAUUUCACCAUGUUGGCCAGGCCUAUCUCGAAUUCCUGGCUUCAAAUGAUCCAUCGGCCUCGACCUCCCACAGUGCUGGGAUUGCAGGCGUGAGCCACUGCGCCCGGCUUCACGUUUUUAUUUAAACAAGAAAAGCAGAAUAACAUCGCUGUGCUGAGCAUACGUAGACCUCAGGAGUCCAAGUGGAAGGAGGGGGUAGCCGGCUGUUGCCUUCCUCUGGUUGAGGCUGCUAGAGGCCUGGACCACGGUGGAGUUAGUGGGGUGGAGAAAGAAGUGGAAGAAGGGCGUGGAAUUUUGGAGGCAGAGACUGCAGUGUUGGUGAACUGGAUGUCACAGGGGAGGGAAGGAAAAGGAACCAGGAAGAGAAGAACUGUUUGAAAUUGGACACGCAUGUCUCUGGUGGGCACUGAUGCGUAUUGUUAGCAGGAGAGGGAAGACUGGGAUCAGGAAAGAGGCUUUGGGAGGGACAAACCAAGGCCUCUCUUUUGGAUGUGUUGAGUUAGAGACACCUUCGAGAAAUCCAAGCUGGGGUAUCGAAUAGCCGGUUGGAUACGUGAGACUGGAGUUUUGGGGAAAGAGAGGUCAUGGCUCAAAAUUGUAAGUUUUGGAAGCGUCAGCAUGUAGGGGACAUUUGACGCCACAGGACUGGGUGACAUGGCCCAGCAGGUGAGUGGGGACAGAGAAUGACCCUGGCCAGAUCCUUGGGGAAGAAGGGGGUAUAGCAAAGCGAGCUUAGGAGGACGGCGAGGUAGGCGAGGGUCAUGGAGGACAAAUGGACAUUGGUGUUUCAAGAAGGGGAGGAGACAGCUGGCUGUGCCAAGUGCCACUGAGAAUUGGAGAAGGAUCCAGAGAGCACAGUGACCAUUAGGUUUGAUGACGUGGAUGGGGUUGGCGGUCUUGGUAAGAGGCCAGUGCAGUGCAGUAGUGGGGACGGAAGCCUUGCUGGAGUGGAGAGGAGAGAGAAUUUGGGGGAAGGCAGAGGGAAAGGGAAUUCAGGCAAUUGUGUGUGUGUGUGUGUGUAUGUAAUUGACACAGAGGCUGGGCACAGUGGCUCACGGACUGUAAUCCCACCACUGCGGGAGGCCAAAGUGGGUGGACUACUUGAUGUCAGGAGUUCGAGACCAGCCUGGCCAACAUGGUGAAACCCCAUGUCUACUAAAAAUGCAUAAAUUAGCCAGGUGUAGUGGUGGGUGCCUGUAGGCCCAGCUACUUGAGAGGUUGGGGCAGGAGAAUCUCUUGGGUCCAGGAGGAAGAGGCUGCAGUGAGCUGAGAUCACACCAUUGUACUCCAGCCUGGGUGACAGCGAGACUCUGUCUCAAAAAAGAAGAAAAGUAAAAAAAAAAAAAAAAAAAAAAAA